CGGAGCAGCCCCAGAGUGUGCUGGGCUUGCCCUGGUUGGCCUUCUCUUUACCUUCCUCCCUGUGAGUUAAAUCGCUCCAAACAUGCUGCUCACUCUGUGUAUGACCCUCCUGCUGUCCUCUGUCAUUGCCACAGAAAAAGAGAGUGGCCUUCCAAGGCUCGACGAUGCAAAAGCUGUUAAGGCCUUCAUCGACUCCGCUGAAGUGGUGGUCAUCGGAUUCCUGGAGAGCGAGGAGAGUCUUGGCUAUAAGGAACUUCUGGCAGCUUCCCAGAAAAUCGUCGCUGUCCCUGCAGCUAUGUGCACUGAGAAGGAGGUGUGGACUGAUUUCAGCAUCUCUUCAGAAACCAUCACCCUCUUCAGAAAAGCAGAUAACCAUCAGGAGAACCUGGUUCUUGCUGAGGCCAAGAAGUUAGAUGCCGAUGGGCUCGUGAACUUUAUCUCCAUCAACGAGCUCCGAUACAUCACAGAGUACAACCAAGUGACAGCCGUGGGCCUGUUCAACUCAGAGGUGAAGACACACCUUGUGCUCUUUGCCAACAGGGGGAGUAAAGGCUACAAGGAGCUCAAGGAGCGACUGGGAGCUCUGGCUCCCGAGUUCAGUGGCAAGCUCUUAUUCGUGCUCAUUAAUGGAGGCGUAAAGUCCAAUUUCAAGUCACUCAACUACUUUGGCCUGAAGUCAACAGACCUGCCUCGAGUUGGGAUAUAUGAUGGGGAUUCUGACAUGAAGUGGCUCCUACCUGAAGGAGAGAUCUCCACAGAGCGUGUGCGGGACUUCUGUCAGUCUUUCUUACAUGGGGAGCUGAAGAACGUGAAGCAGGCUGGAGAAGAGCCCAAAACAGAGCUGUAAAACUCACCACUACUGUAACUGAUUUAUCAAAGAUCUAAAUAAAAAAAAAAAAAAAAAACACAUAUAUGAAAAACAGAACAU